AGAGCGGAGAAGUUUGGCGGCGCUGAGGCCGGGCGUCCCGGGGCUGCAAGCAGGCGGCUGCGGCGGCGCGGGGGCCGGGGCCAUGGGGGCAGGCGCCGGUGGCCGGGCUGGCGCGGAGGCGGCACGGCGUGCACCGAGCCCUGCGAGCGGAGCGGUCGCCGAGGCGCAAAGUUAGCCCGGCGCCCCGGGACCCUCCUCGGCCAUGGGCGAGCACCCCAGCCCGGGCCCCGCAGUGGCCGCCUGCGCCGAAGCGGAGCGCAUCGAGGAGCUGGAGCCGGGGCCGGAGGAGCGGCCGCCUGCCGCGCCAGAGGACCACUGGAAAGUCCUGUUUGAUCAGUUUGACCCUGGCAACACGGGCUUCAUCAGCACUGGCAGGUUCCGGAGCCUCCUGGAGAACCACAGCUCCACGCUGGACCCCCACAAGAGAGAGGUGCUCCUGGCCCUCGCCGACAGCCACGCCGACGGGCAGAUCUGCUACCAGGAUUUUGCCAACCUGAUGAGCAACAAGCGUUCCAACAGCUUCCGCCAGGCCAUCCUGCAGGGCAACCGCAGGCUCAGCAGCAAGGCCCUGCUGGAGGAGAAGGGGCUGAGCCUCUCACAGCGGCUCAUCCGCCACGUGGCCUACGAGACCCUGCCCCGCGAGAUCGACCGCAAGUGGUACUAUGACAGCUACACCUGCUGCCCUCCACCCUGGUUCAUGAUCACAGUCACACUGCUGGAGGUGGCCUUUUUCCUCUACAACGGGGUGUCCCUGGACCAGUUUGUGCUGCAGGUCACCCACCCUCGCUACCUGAAGAACUCACUGGUUUACCACCCACAGCUCCGAGCACAGGCGUGGCGCUACCUGACCUACAUCUUCAUGCAUGCCGGGAUCGAACACCUGGGACUCAACGUGGUGCUGCAGCUGCUGGUGGGAGUGCCCCUGGAGAUGGUGCACGGAGCCGCCCGCAUCGGGCUUGUCUACGUGGCCGGUGUGCUGGCAGGGUCCCUGGCUGUGUCUGUGGCUGACAUGACGGCGCCCGUCGUGGGCUCUUCUGGAGGGGUGUAUGCGCUCGUGUCUGCCCAUCUGGCCAACAUCGUCAUGAACUGGUCGGGCAUGAAGUGCCAGUUCAAGCUGCUGCGGAUGGCUGUGGCCUUGAUCUGUAUGAGCAUGGAGUUUGGGCGGGCGGUGUGGCUCCGCUUCCACCCGUCAGCGUAUCCACCGUGCCCUCACCCGAGCUUCGUGGCCCACCUGGGAGGCGUGGCCGUGGGCAUCACCCUGGGUGUGGUGGUCCUGAGGAACUACGAGCAGAGGCUGCAGGACCAGUCGCUGUGGUGGAUUUUCGUGGCCAUGUACACCGUCUUCGUGCUGUUCGCCGUCUUCUGGAACAUCUUUGCCUACACCCUGCUGGACCUGAAGCUGCCGCCGCCCCCCUAAGGGGCUGGAGGACAGGCAGGGGAGGGGAGGGGGAGGCAGCCUCCGGAGGGAGCCCCUGCAUCCUCGUCGCAUCGGCAGCUCAGCAAGGCUGGGAGAACACUGGAGGGGAGUCUGGGCGGCU